AUGCCGGACUGGACUCAUUUGAUUCGCUUUAUCGCAGUGGAGGAUAGCCUUGUUCAUCUUGGCCAACUCGUCGAUGUAACCCGUGAUAUUGGUCGAGACAGCGUUGAUGGCGUCGAGAUUGCCGCAUACGUGAUCGAAGGAACCAUCUUCGAUGGCAAAGUUACCAAGGAUAUUUUGCAUGUGAAGCAGUUGCUGUCUCCUGUUUCGAGAGAGGAGUGCAACUACAUUCGUUGCUUGGGACUGAAUUACAUAGACCAUGCCAAUGAAGCGAACAUGGCUCUCCCUAAAGCCCCGAUUCUAUUCACCAAGCCCCGAACCGCCCUGAUCGGACCCUACCCCGCCGCAAUCAACGUUCCCAAGUGUGCACAAGACGAUACAAGCGACUAUGAAGCCGAGCUCUGUUUGAUUAUUGGCAAGAGUGGUCGUGACAUCCCGGAAGAGGAAGCGCUCGAUUAUGUGCUUGGAUACACCGCGUCGAAUGAUGUGUCUGCCAGAAAUCUGCAGAUGCUUACUACACAGUGGUCUUUCUCCAAAGGGCUUGACGGUAGCUGUCCAAUCGGACCCGUUUUGGUCGCACCUUCUGUGAUCAAGGACCCUCAGACGUUGUCAAUCAAGGCGAUUCACAACGGUGCCACGGUCCAGGAUGGCCAUACCAAGGAUAUGAUCUUUUCCAUCAAGAAACAGAUCUCCUAUCUCUCUCAAGGCACCACUCUGGAAGCUGGCACCAUGUUCUUGACCGGAACGCCGGCUGGUAUUGGCUUCUUCCGCCAGCCAAGAGUGGUUUUGAAGGAUGGCGACGAGAUCUCUAUCCAGAUUGACCAAAUUGGAACCCUAAUUAACAAAGUCCGUUAUGACACGCGUUGA